AUGGCGUAUGCCACCGCAGUUCAGCAAGGUAUUGAUAUUUUGGUAACUGGGGAACCGAACAAAAGAAGAACUAAAGAAGCAAACUGGAUCAAGGACAGCAGGCAUAAUGCGGGGGUCCUAAUUCUGAAUAUAAAGCUUGGCGUAAUAAACCACGUAGCCGGAGAUGGUCACGUAAUUAUCAAACUCAAAGAUCUUGAGCUGAUAUGUUGCUAUAUAUCCCCAAACAUCAGAUUGGAAGACUACAAAACUGAGGUGAACAGUAUAAUGGAGCACAUAACGAACAACAGUGAUGCCAUUAUUCUGGGAGACCUAAAUGCCAAGUCCCCAAUGUGGGGAUCAUCUGUAACCGAUGAAAAGGGUCAAUACUGGGUGGAAUGGAUCAACGCUCGCGAUUUGGUGGUUCUGAAUACUGGAAAUGAACCCACAUUUAUCCGAGGAGAUAGCGAGUCCUUUAUUGAUGCCACCAUAGCAACCAAUCGUGUAUCUCAAAGAGUAACCAACUGGGAGAUACUUGAUACCGAAACACUGACAGAGCACAGACAUAUCGCAUUUGAAAUUAAAGUAAAUAGAGCGAAGAUCAAAACAACUUCAAUAAGGCCCCUUAUUGAUUGGACCGCCUAUAAAGCCUGCAUAGAGUUACUUACCAUUACUCCAUAUGAAGUGAGUCAUGAAACAGGAACCAAGUUGAUACAGAUGGCAAGCAAGAACAGCACGCAAAAUCGAAUUUCAAAGACUGAAACACCGUAUUGGUGGAAUGAAAACAUUGCUGAAAAACGGUCACUAUGCAACAGAUUAAGAAGGGUACAACAACGUGCGGCGAGAAGAAACAACCUAAACCGAGACGAUAUUGAAGCAAUGAAAGAGGCGUACAAGACCAAUAGAAGGGAACUCUGCUGCCUAAUUAAGGAAUCAAAGAAGAAACACUGGAACGACAUAUGCAAAGAACUUGAUAAUAAUAUAUGGGGAGAUGCGUAUAAGCUAGUAGCAAAAAAGCUUAAUACUCUAAAACCCUAUGAGCUUGACAUCGAAAAGAAAUCCGAAAUCGUGGCAGUACUGUUUCCACCCGGAAAUGAUAAGUGGAGAUACCCUGAAAAGGAAGCUCCAGCCCCACCCUUCACAGCAGAAGAGCUAAGGAAGGUAGCCCAAGGUAUCAAAUGUGGAAAAUCACCUGGAAUUGACCAAAUUCCCCCUAAGGCUAUCAAAAUAGUAGCAGAUUGUGCCCCAGACUGGUUAUUAGGCAUGAUGAACAAACUACUCUAA